CACACAAGUACAUCUGCACACGCACAACCUCACCCUCCGAGACCAGCUGUAAUCAUUAACUUGGACGCUUUUGGAGGGAGAAAGGGCGGCACUGGUGAGUUUGAUUAAACCAAAUCUACAACGAAACUGUAGACAGACGACCACACAGAAGAUCCAGUAGCUUGGUGCUUAUGGAGGCAUUGUGAGCUGGAGUAGCUGAGUGGGAAGUGUUGGACUGGACAGGUAGGGGAAGGCCAUUGUGGAUUUAACAAGGGAGAAAUUCACAUAAAAACAUGGCUUAGCUUAAAAGUCUGAGCUUUUUAUUCUUGUAAAUAAUCGUAUAUGGGUUUCAUGAUUCAUGGUACCGAUAUCGUAGAGUUCCUGGAAAGAUAAGGCUAGCUAUCUCAACUAAAGUCAACAGGGUGGAUUGGAGCAGAAAGGCCAAGAGCAAGGAGGCAUGGGCGAUCAGGAGGGACAGAGAGACUGGCGGAAGCUGGAGUCACACUUUGAGGUCAAGGUUAUCCUCACAGUGCUCUACAGCCUCAUCCUGAUCCUGGGCAUCGUGGGAAACAGCAUCACCAUCCAUGUGACACAGGUGCUGCAGAGAAAUGGAUACUUGCAAAAGAACGUAACAGAUCACAUGGUGAGUCUGGCCUGCUCCGACCUGUUGGUGCUGUUGAUUGGCAUGCCUGUGGAGCUCUAUAGUGCAAUCUGGUUCCCCUUCAGUUCUGCUUCAGGGAAUAUUUCCUGCAAGGUCUAUAACUUCCUAUUUGAGGCAUGCAGCUAUGCUACCAUCCUGAAUGUGGUCACGCUGAGCUUUGAGCGCUACAUGGCCAUCUGCCACCCAUUUCGUUACAAAUCUCUGGCACGGGCCAGGACUGCACACCUAAUUAUCGCUGCAUGGCUCACUUCUGUCCUCGUGGCUGUGCCCCUGCUGGUUGCUACGGGAACAGAGGGUCACGUGCUGGAGGCUGGAGGAGCCCCAGCUCAGAACCUGACCUUCUGCACCAGCCUGAGGCAGCACUGGGGUAUGUACCGUGCCAGCAUCUUCACCGCCUUUAUACUUUACCUGUUGGUGCUGGGCGCCGUGGCCUUCAUGUGCAAGAGCAUGAUCGUCGUACUCAAGGCCCCCAUGGCCACCAUGGGUACUUCAGGCCCAAGAGCUGAACUCAGAGUGCCCAAACACGAGAGUGCCAGGCUCAAAACAUCCCGCAAGCAGACCAUCGUAUUCCUAGUGCUGAUUGUGUGCGCACUCUUGGUGUGUUGGAUGCCAAACCAGGCCCGGCGUCUAAUGACCGCGGCGCUGCCCAAGUCAGCAUGGACUAAGAGUUAUUUGGAGGUCUAUGCAGUGCUGCAGCUAGUGGCAGACAUCUUCUUCUACCUGAGCUCUGUGCUGAACCCGCUGCUGUACAACCUAUCCUCACACCAAUUCCGCACGGCCUUCCUGCAGACGCUGCGCUGCCGCCUGUCCAUUCAGCAUGUCAACAAGAGGACACUGGAAAGCAGUAAAGUCUCACGCGUAUCCACUCACUUACUGCGACCCCUGCUGCACAAAUCCCUGCGCCGUAACACACCGGACAGCAGCAGGGACACUGACUCCCCAAUACCAAGCGGGCAGAGCAGUCCUGCAGUCCAAAGCCUAACCAUAACUACAUCAGAAACAGAAACGUGAAGGACAUGGUCAGCGGUCAUAGCUCCAACACAAACACAACAAAAAAACCUAUCAUAUGAGCUUUAUUGAAUUGUGGCAUCCAUUUCCUUUUCAGUCAAAUAGAGCAGAGUCAGCCCAUUAGCCUUUUGUUUCCUCUAAAAAAUACAGUUAAAUACCGUUAGAUUUUCAGUCAAACAACAUUUUGGAGGGUUAAUCCCUUUCCUGACUUGUCCCAGUUAUGCAGUACCAUUAAACAUGCAUGCUUUCCCCUUCCACACCGAAGAUUCUAACUAACCAUCAUGCAUUACUGAGCCCAACCCCUUCAGCUACUGAGGAAGAAGUACCUUCAGGGCAUUCCUAUAAAUGAUAAAUAGCCACUUCUAAAACACACAAUACUAAAUAUAUUCCAGUUAAUUGGUGUUUAUAUGCACUGGUUAUUUUAUCAGAAACACAUACCGUAGAGAUGCGCAUAGAUUUAUUCACCUUUAUACCAAUGUCCACUACCCUGUCAGUAUCAGAAUGGUCCACUAUAUCUGGUUAGCAGUGAUCCUAUGGUGGCCCUCUUGCGCUGACAGAUGGGUAGUGGACAUUUCUUCCUAGCAUCAUGUUUGAACCUUUUCAUGUUUUUGUUUUUUUAUAUUUUUUUCACCGUUUAACUCUUUGUUUCCUCUCCCAAUUAAAGUAUUAGUAAACCACAGCUGUCUCAUUACUUGCCUGAAUAAUGAAGGGCACUGUAGUGACAUCUAUUCCAUGUUUCAGUAAAGGUACUAUUCAAGUAUUUUCAAAGUCUGGAAUCUGGACUUGCCUCUUUGCCUACAUACUGGUUUACCAGACCAUUACAGAGGUUUUUUUUUAAACACACGGUAAUCAAUGGAUAACAGUGUCAUUCAUGAUAUUGAGGCUUUAAUUGUUAUUAUUUAAUAAGAAAAUAUUUUUGCAGUUUUGGGGAUUCUGCAACUGAUCACAGAUUGUCUUCAUGUAAA